CCUCUAUGUGAAAGUCUGUUAAAUAAGUAUAUAUCUAGACCAGAACCUUUCUUGAAUAGGAUCAUAAUCAAGUUUGUGAUCUUAAAAGUUCUUAGACUUGAUUCAGAUUCCUAAACUAAUUAACUGUGCCAUGUCUGUUUCUGGGAUCCUAGAAACAUUUGUAUUGGUGGUUUCAACUUGUUUCUCUCUAUAUCUCCUCUUUGCUCUAAUCAAAUUCCUUCACAGAGUAUGGUUCAAACCGAUUUACAUACAAAGAGUGUUCCAGUCACAAGGGAUCAAAGGCCCUCCUUACAAAUUCUUCCAUGGGAACACCAAAGAAAUGUUCAAUAUGAGAAGAGAAUCCAUGAGUAGACCACCUUUGAAGUUGUCCACACAUAACGCCUUAGCUCAGAUUCAACCUCAUAUUCAUUCAUGGAUCAGAUUAUAUGGAAAAACUUUCCUCACUUGGUAUGGUACCAGAGCGCAACUUAUUGUUACUGAGCCCGAUCUAAUCAAACAGAUUUUGAACAAUAGAGAUGGAACAUUCACUAAAAGAAAGAUCGAUGGCUUCAUUAAGAAGAUAUUUGGAGAUGGACUUGUUACCAACCGUGGGGAAAAAUGGAUCAAGAGUCGUAAAUUGGCUGACCAUGCUUUUCAUGCCGAAAGAUUAAAGGGAUUGGUUCCAACCAUGGUGACGGAGGUUGAAAUAAUGCUGGAAAGGUGGAGACAUCAUGAAGGGAAGGAGAUAGAAGUGUCGAAAGAAUUCAGACUUUUAACAGCUGAAGUGAUUUCAAAAACUGCUUUUGGAAGCAAUUAUAUGCAAGGGAGGGAAGUUUUCGAUCGUUUAACGAAGCUGAUUUCGAUAUUCUCUGCAAAUUUUAAUAAGUUAGCCUUACCAGGUUUUAGAACGCGUGAUACAAUCGAAUCCGACAAGCUUGAAGAACAAAUGCAUAACUCAAUUCUUGAGAUAAUAAAGGAAAGAGAAGAAAAGAUGCGACUGGGAAGUCCUGAUGGGUAUGGAAACGAUUUUCUUGGAUUGCUAAUAAAAGCUAAUCACGAAGACGACGAGACCAAGAGGAUUACAAUACAAGAUAUGAUCGACGAGUGCAAGACUUUUUACAAUGGUGGUUAUGAAACAAUGACAAGCUUACUUGUAUGGUCAUGUGUACUUCUAGCUGUCAAUACAGAUUGGCAAGAAGAGGCAAGAAGGGAGGUAACAGAUCAGUUACAGGGCAAGAAAAUUCCCGUUCCGUAUGAUAAUUCCCUCGCAAGAUUAAAAAAGAUGAACAUGAUUCUUUAUGAAUCUCUACGGCUUUAUCCUCCUGUCGUCAAUAUAAUGAGAAUAGCUUCAAAAGAGGUAAAAUUCGGGCAGAUCAUUGUUCCUGCAAAUACAGAAGUGGUUAUUCCACCUCUAGCACCUCACUAUGACUCAACAAUUUGGGGAGAGGAUGUUCAUCUUUUCAAACCAGAGAGGUUUUCAGAAGGUGUUUUGAAGGCUACAAACAAUAAGCUAGGUUUUCUUGCAUUCAGUUCAGGACCUCGAAUUUGUGUCGGUUUGAAUUUUGCAAUGAAUGAAGUGAAGGUAGCUCUGGCCAUGAUUUUACAACGCUAUAGUUUUACUCUAUCACCUGCUUAUAUUCACUCUCCAAUUCAAGGGCUUAGCAGUUGGCCACAACAUGGAGCUCAGAUCAUUCUCCACCCCUUGUGAUUUAUUGCUGAAAACUUGACUUAGUAUGAGUUUCAAGUGUCUUUAUUAUGUGUAACAAUCAAUAAUACAUAACUUCGGGAUUUUUUUUUAUAGCGGAUAAGAUGUGA